AUGCCUUCAUCCACUCCCCCUCAACAACCAUCAGGCUACAUCCACAACCUCAACUCCGACCAGACCAUCAAGCUCCAUCAAGCCUGGUCCAUCCUCCUCCAUCUCAUCCACAACCACAAUGACACCUCCAGCAGCACCCCGACCGCCGCCACUCUAACCUCCGCCCUCUCAUCCCACCACCUCCCGCCGCUCGACACCGUGCAACCCAUUCUCGACACUCUCCCCCGCCACCCCAUUCCCUCUCUACAAGCCGGCCUCUUCAGCCUCGCCAAGCACGACUCCCCAGACACACUCCUCCUCCGCUUCCUCCGCGCCCGCAAAUGGUCCGUCGCCGCCGCGAUCGCCAUGCUCCUGCGUGCCAUCCACUUCCGCAUAACGCAGGACAUCGACAGCCAGAUCAUCGCCAACACCGAGUUAGACGCCCUGUACGCGACCACCGCCCAGCCCCCUUCAACACCCCCCAUCCCCGGCGUCGUCGUCGCGACCGUGCAAUCGACCGCAACCGACAGCCAGGCCUUCCUCGACCAGAUGCGCAUGGGCAAGGCCUUCGUACACGGCACUGACCGCGCAGGCCGACCGGUGAUGCUCGUGCGCGUGCGACUCCACCAGCCGGGCCAGCAGAGCGAGGCCGUCAUAACCCGGUAUAUCCUGCACAUGAUCGAGACAGUGCGCCUGCUGCUGGUGGAUCCGGUAGAGACGGCGACGAUCCUGUUCGAUAUGACGGGGUUCUCGCUCUCGAACAUGGAAUACGCGCCCGUGAAAUUCGUCAUCGAUUGCUUCCAAGAGAAUUACCCUGAGUACCUGGGGGCCAUGAUCAUACAUAACGCCCCCUGGAUCUUUACUGGGAUCUGGAAGAUUGUUAAGUCGUGGAUGGACCCCGUCAUCGUCUCCAAGGUCCACUUCACCAAGACUACGGCCGACCUGGAGCAAUUCAUCGCCCCGGACAAGAUCCUCAAGGAGAUCGGGGGGCCGGAGGACUGGGACUACGAGUACGUCGAGCCCGUGGCGGGCGAGAACGAGCGCAUGAUGGAGACGGCCACGCGCGACCGGCUGCUGGCCGAGCGCGAGGAUCAGGCCGGGGUGGUGCUGCGGCUGACCGGCGAGUGGCUGGCGGCGGAGGGCCCUCAGACGGUGGCGGUACAGAGGACGGAGGCCAUUGAGACGCUGCGCAAGCAGUAUUGGGCGCUGGAUCCGUUCCUCAGGGGUCGGACGUGCUUGGAUCGGACGGGUGUGAUUCAGGAGGGUGGGAAGAUAGAUUUGUAUCCUGAGGUGGGUAACUGCGAUGGGCUGGUUCGUGGUUAGAUUUCGGGUUAUAGACUAUGGC